AUGUGUAAACAUUUUACAGGAAGCAUGUGGUUGUUUGAGGAUAUAGAAAGUGAUAUUUUAACAGGUCACUGGCUCUUGAAAUUGAUUCUGGGCAAACUAUACGCAGCUCUAGGUCGCCGCGGAGGUCGGAUCGUUGCAAGCGAUAUGCAGACCGGUUCAGCGUCAUUCCGAGUGCAAGCUUUAAUGCCAGUUGCUGAGAGCUUCAAAUUCGCACUCGAACUGAGAACUAACACCUCUGGUCUAGCCGCGCCUCAAAUGUUGUUCAGUCAUUGGGAGACGAUCGACAUCGAUCCAUUUUGGAAACCACGCACCGAGGAAGAGUACCUACAUUGGGGCGAGAAGUGGGACGGCGUUAAUCGAGCUAAGGCCUACAUGGACUCAGUACGAGCACGGAAGGGGCUAGCCACUGACAAACAGCUGGUACAGCACGCCGAGAAACAAAGAACUCUUUCAAAAAAUAAAUAA